AUGACUGAUCUAAUCAAGAUAAACGCAAAAACACCAACAGCCACUUAUGAUGUCGAAAUUGCGCCCGGAGCAACAGUUUCAGAGCUCAAAGAUCAACUAUUAACGAAAGUCGCCAACGCCACAAAAUCUCAAUUAUGUGUUAUUUAUACUGGUAAAAUUCUGAAAGAUGAGGAAACUUUGGACCAAUUGAGUGAGUUUUUCUAUUUUUUUUUGGAAAUGUUUUUGGAUUUUUUAUAAAAAAUUCAGAAAUCGGUGAUGGAUACACAGUUCAUUUGGUGGUCCGAAGUGCUGCGGCUCCUCGUCCAGCUCCAGCAGCAGCUGCACCAACCCAGCCAACACCACAACAACCAACACCAAAUAUUUUUGGAGCCGGAGCUAUGCCAUCGGCUCAAUCAAUGAUGAAUAAUCCGGAAAUGAUGAGACAAGUGAUGGAUAAUCCGAUGGUUCAAAGUAUGUUGAGCAAUCCGGAAUUUAUGCGAACCAUGUUGACAUCGAAUCCACAAUUUCAACAAAUGCUUGAGGUGGGAGUUUUUGGGAUUUUGGGGAGAACUUUGGUCUAGAAUUCCGGGUGCGCGGAAGAAUCGGAUGCUUUCAAAACAUAGUUGGUCUGUUCCAACUUUCACUCUAGAUUUUUAUAAAAAUAUGUUUUCUAGUAGUUAUUGACCCGCUGAUCACGAUCCCGCCAUUUGAAAUUGCAGAACUCAUCUCCUAAUAUGAAUUAUGACGUGGCAAAGUGCUAAAUUUUCGAAAAAUUGGGACAUUCGGAGUUGAAAAAUAGCUUUAAAAUUGAUUUCGAGCCUCCUGAACAACGCUUUGAUCAGAAUUUCAAAAAAAAAUCAUUUUUAAAGCUAUUUUUCAACUGCCUAAGUUCCAAUUUUUCGAGAAUUUCGAACUUUGUCACGUCAUAACUCAUAUUAGGAGUUGAGUUCUGCAAUUUUAAAUGGCGGGAUCGUUAUCAGUGGGUCAAAAUUACUAGAAAACAUAUUUUUACAAAAAUCUAGAGUGAAAGUUGGAACAGGCCAACUGUUUUUUGCAAGAUUUGGAUUCUUCCACGCUGCGGCAGGUCUUGGCCCAGGCUUAUUCUUUGGGCAAGCCUAAGUUCUAGACCAAAGUUCCCCAAACGUUCAUAUGUUUCAUUUUCAACUCAACAUUGUUUUUUUCCAGAGAAAUCCAGAAGUCGGUCAUAUCUUGAACGAUCCAUCAAUCAUGCGGCAAACAAUGGAAAUGAUCCGCAAUCCAAACAUGUUCCAAGAAAUGAUGAGAAAUCACGAUCUCGCAAUGCGAAAUCUUCAAGGAAUCCCCGGCGGAGAAGCCGCCCUCGAACGACUUUACAACGAUGUUCAAGCACCAUUGUUGAACUCAACAACCGGCGGAAAUAAUCCAUUUGCAUCGUUGAGAAAUGAGGCGGGAAGAGAUCGAAGUGAUCGAGCCGGACAGGAGAAUAGUGAAGCACUUCCGAAUCCAUGGGGACCACCGGCGGGAGCUGGUGCGGGAGCUGCGACAGGAACGGCUAGUAAUGAGAGUGUGGGAAAUAAUCAACAACCAACACCGGUGCCUGGAUUGGGAGGUGAGGGAUUUUUGAGAUACACAAAAAUAAGUUUAGAAUAAUCCGUAAAUUUUGAAACUUGUAGAAAAAUAUUUUGAAAUUUCUGAAAAUUUCACAAAAACCUUAAUUUUUCCAAUGCAGAAAAAGUCGAAAAACAAAAUAUACAGUUUAUUAUUUUUCAGGAGAGAAAACUUGAAAUUGAGAGAGCGCAGACAGAAUAAUUAAUUUUUCUGUCUGAAAAUAUUAAUCUGCAUAGGCCCAUUAUAUUUUUUAUAGAAAGAUUUUAAAAUUAUGGAAUACCUAGAUUCUGAAAAACCGGAAAAUCAAAAAAUUUUAGAAAAAUAUUUUGAAAAUUCAAAAUUUUUCGCCAAAUUGAUUUUCUGGGUUUCAAAAUUUCUAGAUUUUUAAUAAUUUUCAAAAAUCUCAAUUUUCACAGGAUUUCUGGAGAGACAUAACUAAAAACCUGAAAAUUUUAGAAAAAUAUUUCACAAACCUAUAUCCAGGGUUCGAAAAAAAAGUGAAAUUUCUCGCCAAAAUUUCCAAUUUUUCCAGGAAUGCUCAACUCACCCGGAAUGAGUUCACUUAUGCAACAAAUGAUGUCGAAUCCCGAAAUGACUCGAUCAUUAUUCAGCCCAGAAAUGAUGAGAACAAUGCGAGAAACAAUGCGAAGUAAUCCAUCACUAAUGGAUUCGAUUAUUGGAGCAAGUCCAGCCGGACAAGCAAAUCCACAAUUGAGUAAUUUGAUGAGACAACGUCUUCCCGAAAUGCUUGAAAUGGUAUUUGGAUUUUGAAAAUCACAUCAAUAAAUAAAUAAAGUUUUUUGCAGAUGGAAAAUCCUGAAAUGAUUCAAGCUAUGCAGAAUCCAAGAGUGGCUGAAGCUUUUCGACAAAUUCAAGAAGGUGUGAGUAUUUUGAGAACUGAAGCGCCACAACUUCUUGGAAUGAUGGGGUGA